GAGCUGCCUUUGUUUCACUCGUGUCUGAACGUUGGAGGAGACAAGAGACUCCAAUUUUUAUUAACUUUUUCUUUUCAGAAGUAAAAAUUCAUGUUCACUGAACAUUUUUCCCACUUAAGGUCUUUCAACAAACUUUAAAAAAAAUGCUCUCAAGGCGUUGCUGGCGGCCCUGGAAUUUGCUACUACUGCACUGGGGUUCAUUUCUCCCUGUUGUUUUAGCGGCUCAGGUCAUAGAAGAACGAGGAUCAAAGGGUCAUCUUGAUCUGACAGAGCUGAUAGGAGUUCCGCUCCCUCUUUCUGUCUCCUUUAUCACUGGCUAUGGAGGGUUUCCAGCUUACAGUUUUGGACCAGAUGCUAACAUCGGCCGUUUGACAAGCACUUUAAUACCACAGACCUUCUAUAGUGAUUUUGCUAUUGUAGUUACAGUAAAACCAAACAGCGAUGAUGGAGGUGUACUAUUUGCAAUAACAGAUGCCUUUCAGAGAACUAUAUACUUGGGAAUGAGACUAUCACCAGUUGAUGAUGGCACCCAGAGAAUAAUCAUGUACUACACAGAGCCUGGUUCCGACAUCUCCCGAGAGGCUGCUUCAUUUAAAGUUCCAGUGAUGACUAAUAAAUGGAAUCGGUUUACAGUGACUGUUCAGGGAAAUGACACUGUUCUGUUCAUGGACUGUGAAGAGUAUAACAGAGUUCAGUUUCAGAGGUCAUCUCAGGCCUUGCAAUUUGAAUCCAACUCUGGUAUAUUUGUUGGAAAUGCAGGAGCAACAGGAUUGGAAAAAUUCACAGGGUCGAUUCAACAACUAAUGAUCAAACCUGACCCAAGGGCUACCGAAGACCAAUGUGAAGAUGAUGACCCAUAUGCAUCGGGAGAUUCUAGUGGCACUGGUAGCAUUCAAGAGCAGGAAGGACUUCCUGAGACAGAAGAAGUCAUUGCAUCUUCUCAACCCCUACCUGAGGAAACAACAGCUGGACCUGUAGGAGCACCUCCAACUGUAUCAGCUCAAUCAGAAGAAAUGGAUUUCUCAGGACAUCAUAUAUUAGAUGAAACACCUGAACCACCUACAAUCAAAGAACAAGGUUCAACCAGUGCGGGAAAUGAUCAACAUGAAAGUGACGCCACUACGGUAGCCCAGGAAAUACUAAAACCAGAGGCUGGUCCUAGUGCUAUUGUUUUGCAAGGAGUGAGCAGAGAAAAGGGUCAAAAAGGUGAGAGAGGUGAAAAAGGAGAGCAAGGGCCGCCAGGACCACCAGGACCACCAGGAAAGUCGGAACUAGAAAAAAUGCAGACAGGGAUUCAAGGACCUCCUGGGCCUCUAGGAAAACCUGGGCAAGAUGGUGAACCUGGCAUUCCUGGUAAAGAUGGAUUGCCAGGUGAAAGAGGACUUCAAGGAUUGCCAGGGUUGAAGGGAGAGGACGGCCUUAAAGGAGAAAAGGGUGAGCCUGGUGUGGGACUGCCAGGACCACGAGGACUUCCAGGCCCUCCCGGCCCAUCUGCUCCAUUGAGAGGACUUAGUAGACUGGAACCUGAAGGAUCUGGGUCUGGUGACCUUGACAGAGACAGUGAGGUUUUAAGAGGUCUCCCUGGGCCACCAGGCCCUCCAGGAUUACCCGGAGCACCAGGAAAACCUGAUUCAAAUUCAGGACCCCCUGGAUCACCAGGAAAAGAUGGGAAAGAUGGACCUUCUGGUGAGCCAGGCCCUCCAGGGCCCCAAGGACAUCCUGGACUUGAUGGAAUGGUUGGCCCUCCUGGAAAGAAAGGAGAAAAAGGUGAUCAAGGUCUUCCUGGUGCAGUUGGCCCAAAGGGAGAUGCUGGAGGUACUGGAUCACCAGGCCCAGAAGGCCAGGCAGGUGCUGAUGGGCACCCUGGAAAGCCUGGGCCUCAAGGACCACCAGGACCACCGGGGCCACCAGGCCCAGGCUAUGGGUUUGGAUUUGAGGACAUGGAAGGCUCAGGGAGCAUCAGUUUGUUGAGUGAACCCAGAAUUCCAGGAUCAAGAGGGCCAAAUGGUCCUGUUGGGGAGGCUGGACAGCGUGGGCCAAUGGGACCAAAGGGAGAAAAGGGGGAUACUGGUCCACCAGGUAUAGCAGGUUUAAAGGGUGAGCAAGGUGCAGAUGGAAAGCCUGGAUUUCCCGGUGUUGCUGGACGUCCUGGAGAUGCAGGUCCAAAAGGGGACAAGGGGGACACAGGAUCCAAGGGUGAACCAGGACAGGAUGGUGCCAGUAUUGUUGGACCUCCAGGGCCACCAGGACCACCUGGGCCAAUCAUAGCAGUACCCCAGCUACUACUCAAUGAUACGGAUGGAAUUUCUAAUUUUACUGGAGUUAAAGGACUGCUUGGGCCUCCAGGGCUAGACGGCAGGCCCGGUCUACCAGGAUUUCCUGGCCCAAGGGGACCAAAAGGUGCCAUUGGACUGACUGGAUUACAAGGACCAAAAGGACAACGGGGUGAAAAGGGAGAACCCGGAUCUAUCAUAUCCGCAGAUGGAUCUCUAAGAGAACUAACAGGAAGACAAGGGCAGAAGGGUGAACGUGGGGCAAUGGGGCCACCAGGGCCUAUGGGACCAAUAGGACCUUCUGGACCUAAGGGAGAACUUGGUAUUCCUGGACGACCUGGCCGCCCAGGAUUGAAUGGACUGAAAGGUGUAAAAGGUGAACGGGGUGUAACAUUAUAUGGUCCUCCUGGCUUGCCUGGGCCCCCGGGUCCCCCUGGACCUCCAGGGGCUGUAAUUCACAUCAAAGGAACAGUUUUCCCAAUUUCUCCCAGACCUCACUGCAAAAUGCCAGUUGGCACUGCUCAUCCUGGAAACCAAGAAGCUAACAUUUAUGGUAUAAAAGGCGAACCAGGCUCGUGGGGACUGCAUGGCCCACCAGGCUUAAAAGGUGAAAAAGGAGAGAGAGGCUCACCUGGACUACCAGGUCCUCCUCUGCCUUCAGCAUAUUUCAGCCACUUUGUUAACAGCAUGAAGGGUGAGAAAGGAGACACUGGCGAAACUGGCUUCAAAGGGGAAAAAGGAGAACCAAGUGGAGGGUUCUUUAUGUCAGGGCCUCCUGGACCCCCUGGACCCCCUGGAAGACCAGGACUAGUUGGGCCAAAGGGGGAUUCAAUUGUUGGGCCAAGAGGCCCCCCUGGGUUACCUGGCCUACCUGGAUCUCCAGGGUAUGGAAUAGUUGGACCUCCCGGCCCACCAGGCCCUCCUGGACCCCCAGGACCUCCAGCGAUAUAUGGCUCAGCAGCUGCAGUUCCAGGGCCACCAGGUCCUCCCGGGGAGCCAGGAUUACCAGGAACUAGGAACCUGGUUACAACAUUCAGAAAUAUUGACGGAAUGUUGCAAAAGGUUCACUUAGUGGCAGAAGGUACAUUAAUCUACCUGAGUGAAAGUAGCGAGGUGUUUAUCCGUGUUCGAGGAGGAUGGAGAAGAUUGCAGCUUGGGGAAUUAAUUCCCAUCCCAGCUGAUAGCCCUCCACCUCCAGCAAUUUCAGGCUAUGGAUUUCAGUCUCUUCCAGCACUAAGACCAGUUUCAGCUAUUAAUCAUGGAAAACCAACACUGCAUUUGGUGGCUUUGAACUUGCCACUUUCUGGUGCCAUGCGAGCUGAUUAUCAAUGCUUUCAACAAGCCCGAGCGGCUGGUUUAAUGUCAACAUACAGAGCUUUCCUGUCAUCCCAUUUGCAAGAUCUGUCUACAGUUGUGAGAAAAUCAGACAGACACAAACUACCAAUAGUUAAUCUUAAGGGAGAAAUACUCUUCAACAACUGGGAGUCUGUGUUUACUGGCAGCGGGGGACAGUUCAACAUCCAGAUUCCAAUAUACUCCUUUGAUGGGAGAAAUGUCAUGACAGAUCCAUCUUGGCCACAUAAAAUCAUAUGGCAUGGUUCAACUGCAAAUGGGAUCCGGCUAGUUAGCAACUACUGUGAAGCUUGGCGGACAGCUGACAUGGCAGUUAUGGGACAAGCAUCACCACUGACAACUGGGAAACUUCUGGAUCAAAAGCCUUACAGCUGCAGCAAUAAGUUUAUUGUUCUGUGUAUUGAAAACAGUUUUGUAUCUGAUAUCCGAAGAAAAUAAUUAAUCUGUUGCACAUAGAAAACAUUUGAAUUUUAUUUCAUAAAACGUUGACACUGAAAUUUAA